AUGAACAAACUUUUAAUAGUUUUUGGCUUGGUAAUUCUUUUUGUCACACCACUUUAUGCAAAACAGUCAAUUGAAGAGGAAGAAGAAGAGAUGAGUGACGAAGAGGAGGAAGAGAAGGAGGAAGAGGAAGAAGAGAAUGGAAAUGAAGAGAAAGAGGAUGAAGAUGAUGAUUAUUAUCAAGAUGAUAGUGAUGAGAAAGAGGAGGAUGAAGAGAAGGAGGAGGAUGAAGACGAGGAUGGUAGUGAAGAGAAAGAGGAUGAAGAUGAUGAUUAUCAAGAUGAUAGUGAUGAGAAAGAGGAGGAUGAAGACGAGGAUGAUAGUGAAGAGAAAGAGGAUGAAGAAGAAGAUAAGGAUGAUAGUGAAGAGAGAGAAGACGAAUAUACUGCCAAAGGGGAAUUCGUUGAAACAGACGGCAAGCAAAAACGAUGUGACUCUCACGUGGCUUGUUAUGAUCAACGUGAACCACAAGCGUGGUGCAUAUUAAAGAGGAAUCAGUCUUGGACAAACAAAGGUUGUUUCUGCGAUGAAAAGAGACAUUUAUGCGUUAUGGAACGGUUGAACGGCGGUAAAUUGGAAUAUGCGUUUUGCGCGCCUGCAAAGAAUUGGAAGUGUUCGUAUGAUUAA